AUGAUAGCAAUCAGUGGCAUACCCGGAUCGGGAAAGUCAUCAUUAGCAGCAGUAAUCGCAAACCGAAUCAAUGAACUAUACACACAGCAUGCCCCCGGCGCCCCCUCAAUCGCCGCAUUCGUGCCUAUGGAUGGCUACCAUCUGACACGAACCGAACUCGCAGCUAUGCCAGACCCGGUAUUCGCAGCUGCCAGAAGAGGAGCAGCAUUUACAUUCAAUCCAGAUAAGUUCUUGCAACUUGUUAAGCUUCUACGAGAACCGGUGACGGCAACGACGAAUACAAUUUUUGCGCCGAGCUUUGAUCAUGCGAUCAAAGACCCCGUUGAAAACGACAUACCCAUCUUCGCAACAGCGCGAGUCCUCAUCUUUGAAGGGAAUUAUUUAAGUCUAAAUAGAGAGCCAUGGAAUCAAGCGGCGGCACUUAUGGAUGAGCUGUGGUUUGUCGAGGUGGAUUUUGAGACUGCGAGACAGAGACUGAUCAAACGACAUGUGGAGGCGGGGAUCGCUAAGGAUGCGGAGGAUGCGGAUAAGCGGGCGAGGGAGAAUGAUUUGUUGAAUGGGCAGGAGAUUGUGGACUUUAGAUUACCGGUCGAUGAGGUUAUUGAGAGCACGUUUGAUGAGAAAUUCUCGGCUUAG